CUGUAGGCUAUUCAGUGACCUAUUUAAGGUUCAGCGCUGCACAUUAUUCGUAAGAUAAAUACUCAUUAACAUAAUCAACAUGAGUGGAUUUGCUUGUUACGACGAUGCGCAUGAUCAAAAAUACGAUAAACCACACCCGGUUCCUCUUGUGGUAGCCAACAAAGACACACUAAAAGGAUACGGAACGAUUGUUACUGACUUUGAAAAAACGAAAGUUGAGAUAACCCCAUGGCUGGUAAAUGGAUGGCGAGAGUUGUGUCCAAACACCGGAAGUGGAGGAGGCAUUGUAAGUGGGGACUUCAUUUACAAAUGGGAAGGAGACCUUUGCAAAGCCGUCAACAAGGCUGUUGGUGGGGACUAUGUCACAGGACGACUUCCGCCGGAAGCGGAUACAAAGAAUCGCAAAUGCGUACUUACACGAGAAGCUAAUUACCAUCCAGAUGGAGGUCAAGUGUUCUUUCCACAAAAUGGUGAUGCCUUUGUCGCGCUUUUAGCUCUACCCGGAGACGACAUCAAACCGGAGGAUUUUGUAGCGUUUUAUUUCGAUGGAUCUUUUGGGGUUCAGAUUCACGCAAACAUCUGGCACCAACCUGUUUACCCCAUAAACGAUGACGCAGUGUUUCUGGGUAAACAAGGGGCGAUUUAUGCUUGCGUAUGCGUUGAUACUGCGAACGAAUUUAACAAGUAUCUUUCAGUCCCUCUGACAUUGGACACGUAAGAUCGAGUAACAAUUGAAUUGCUGAGAAGUUCGAAUUCAACAUUCAGUUAAUUGGAAUUUACAAAUAACUCGAUUUGAAUUUACCAUAUUCCGACUUUUGACAGAAUGGUUAUAUCUCAACAUGGAGGACAGACUAUAUAUCUGGAGAGGGACAGAAUACUUAUAGAUCCGCAACUGAGAUAGAAUGCAAAGAUCUUCUCAAGUCAGAGAGAAUAAAUAUUUACUUAUCCACAAGUGGGACAAAAUUAUUGCGAAGUACAAGUUAUUGUUGUUUUACGAUUAUAUUCAAGUUUAUAUUAAAUGCUGUAGUAUACAUUACAAGUAGAAUUCAUCAUUUUCUUAUAGAAACCAUAUCAACAUGUUUUUUAUUAGAUUUAAUUAUAAAAAAAGAUAUCUUCGAACUUUAGAUGAACCUGAAAAUUGAUAUUGACGAGAUGAAUGUUUAAAUAUUUUCAUUAUAAAA